UGUCAAUGUCAUUUAUGUCUUUAUUGUCAUGUGUUCAACUCAAGGGAUCUAAAAUCUAAACAUUAGAAACAAACUUUCAUUUUAUUGAAUAAAAAAUAAUUCUUAUAAAUAAAAAUAUACGGUCAUGUCAAGAAAUAUCAACAGACUGAUUACACAGAUUAUUCGCCAACCACCGGCGCCGCUAUGUAUUUCAUUGAGGUUAUACGCAAGGUGGUCACACAGAUCUCCGGCAAAAGUUUUGUUACCUUACAAAGAAAACCCAAAUCUUAAAACAGAGAAGAUCAUUGAUUUAGAUUCUUCUAUUAUUAAAAAGACACCCCGUAAAGAAAGUGUUCAGAAUGUCGAAAACGUUGAUAGAAAACAGCCUGAGCAGGCUGAGCAGCCAGAGUUGCGUAAACAAUCUACUCUCCCGCCCGAAAAAUCAGCACAAAUUAAACAAAAACGUGAAGAAAGUUUGAAGAAACGCAAGUUCUAUCUGAGCCAACAGAAAGUAUUUGAUGAUAAAGGCGAUAUUAUCUAUGAAAAGUUGAAAGACAAUGAUGGGCGCGUAAGCACCCUGUUAGUGAAGCUGAAAUCGAAAAAAGAAAGGUUGAGAUCAGGUCAAACAUUGGUGGAAGGAUGGAGACUUAUUACAGAUGGGUUAGAAGCCAAAUGUAAACUGAAGUAUGUCAUCUUCAGUAGGACAGAGGAAUUGUCCAAAUUAAAACCUUUUUUGCCUAAAACUGGUGUUAUCUUCUACAAAGUAUCUUAUAAAGAGAUGCAGCUGUGGUCUGAUGUGGAAACAAGUCCAGGUAUUUUUGGUAUAUUUGAAACUCCAACCCCAGACAAUGUGAAGACAUUAUCAAAGCCUCUACCACUUCAUUUUAUCUGUGACAACAUAAGAGUACCAGGGAAUUUGGGAGCCAUCCUGCGAGUGGCUGUUGGUGCUGGCUGCGAGAAAGUUUUGCUAUCAAAAGGAUGUGUCGAUGUAUGGGACCCUAAGGUCAUAAGAAGUGCAGCAGGAGCUCACUUCAGACUCCCAAUAUACCAUUCCCUAGAUUGGAAUGAAAUGCCCACUCAUCUUGAAAAGAACACUUCAAUAUUUGUUGCUGAUAGCAACACCACAUCUACAAGUGAUGGUGAUAGUGAAGAAUUAGAGAAUUUUGAAAGAAAUCAGUUGCCAGUGUUGCCAUAUUAUGGUGUGGAUUUUUCCACUUUACAACAUACUACCUUAAUAAUUGGUGGAGAAACUGAAGGGAUAAGCCAGGAUAGUUAUAAGUUAGCAACAACAAAAAAUGGUGUAAGAUUAAAUAUUCCUCUACAGAGAGGAGUGGACAGUUUAAACACUGGAAUGGCAACAGCAGUAAUAGCAUUUGAAAUCAGAAAACAACUCAUACAAAAUUGGACUAAGGAAAAACUAGCAAGGCAAAUGUCUCAGUCUAAUUAGUAUCUUAUAUCGUAGUUAUUAAGGCUGUAUUUAGUUUGUAGUAUAGUUGUUGAUAUGAAUUAAAAAAAUAUUGUACCUA